AUGCCAGUUUUUAACUUGAAGAAGUUACCGCGCAGCCAGUUGACGACGACGUUAGUGCUGUCGGCCUCCAAAUAUAUCUUCCUGGUCGUGCUAUUGAUGAAUGUUCGGUCUCUACCGUUUGCCUGGCACAUUCGCGUGUUCCUACCAGUCCUGCGACUCCGUCUCCAGUACUACUUCCUACGACUUCGCAUCCUGUUCAAGUCCAAAGAGCUUAAGGCAAAGAUCCUUGCCGACUGGGGCGAAGGUUUAUGUCCAGUUGGCGCAAACCCCUUCGAGCUCGUGACCAUUCAUCAUGGCUGGACGAGUGUGGACGACGCCGAUUAUAAUGGACACCUCAGCAAUUCCAGUUAUGCGAAGGCCCUUGACGCAGCCCGUUUGAAACUGGUUCUGAAAGCUUUCCCUGCUUUCGCAAGGAGUGGCGGGUGGAUGGCUCUGGGUUCUACUCACUUUCAUUUCAUUCGAGAAAUACCGUUCUUGAGGAGCUACGAGAUAAGACUCUCCAUCGGGGCAUGGGAUCAUAAAUGGAUGUUCGUUAUUGCUCGCUACGUCUCUUUCACAAAGAAGAAGCAUAGUAAUGCCACCCAUAAACUACAUGUGGACGGAUCAGGUCAGCAACUGGGGACUAAUAAUGAUAGCGCCAGACCAUCAAAGACACUGACAACAUCGAGUGACUUUCCUCGGAUUUUGCUGAGCACGCCUGCGGAAGACUUGACCACUCCUGCAACCCCCGGCGAUGCGACUGAGGCGGACUACAACCUUCAAGCUGAAAAGACGAAAAAGGAAAUAGAAGCUUUGGCUGCCGCACAGUCAAACAUACCUGAGCCCGACGGUGCCGUACUUCACUGUGUGGCGAUCUCCUACAUUUGCUUCAAGCACGGCCGCAUUACAGUGCCUCCUAGCGUUAUUCUCCCAUGCGAAGGUUUCUCGAAACCUCCCAGUACUGCUUCUGCCGCGCCGUUCUCGUCGACGAACCCUCCACCUCACUGGAAGAAGGCCCAAGCAUUGCGCGUCGCUCCAUCAGGUAGUAUGCCUGCGUUUGCGAAAUUUCUGAAAGGAGGCUGGCGCGAUGUGCCUGAAGACGAGAGGUGGUGGGAAGAUGCGUUGGAUGGGCCGAUAGAAGAGCAACGAAAAGCGAAUCUCGAAGUCCUUGAUUCCGUUAGGAGAGGGAUGGAAGGGGCGAGAUCCAUUGGUUAG